AUGUUCUCCAGCUCGGUCCUGGGUCUGGCACGCUUUGCGCGAUUUCAGUACCAGCUCUUCCGGAUCAGUAUUGACACCUUGCUUUUGAUGGUUCUGUCCAUUUUGACUCAAGUGGAGGACUGGUUCACUUUGUGCACUCAGUGCCUCCACUCUGGCCUGAGCAGGUCUGUUCGGAAAUACUUUCGCCUGGAACGGGACUUGAAGAGGGCCACCAGCUUUGCAGAAUACCGCCGAGCUGAAGAGGCGUUUCGAAAGAUGCAUUCAAUUUGCCGGCCGAUCUGCCGCCGCCCGUCUGGUGCUCGCCUUGCCUGUAGCUGCGAGGAGCACCUGCAAGUGCUCCACAUGGAAUUGGAAAAGUCUUUGGAGGCAAAAGGCACGGAGGACUUGGCAAAGCUAGAGCCUCUUUUGGUGGAUCAAGCUGGCGGGGUGGAGUGGAGCCGCGUCCCAAAUGCAGAGCAGUACUUGGACAAGUUGUGCCAUUGCUUGGAAGCCUCAUGCCAACGUCGAAAGGGUGAGACUGAUUGGUUGGUGGAUCGACGCAAAGCGAUUGGCCGUACCGCGCUCUGCUUGAGUGGCGGCGGCAGUUUGGCCAUGCACCACAUGGGUGUGUGCCGCUUCCUCCUGGAGGCAUCAACUUCAAUGCGCAAGGGGCAACAGAAUCGGAGUUCACUCCAGUGGAUGGGGAACCUUGAUCUUAGUUGUUGGGGAGUGCAGAAGCUGAGUGCUUUCAGAUGCCAUCAGCAUACGGUCAUAGCCUUUGAGUCAUGGCAGGAAGGCUUAAUGCCCAAGAUUGUCAGCGGCGUAUCGGGUGGCUCCAUCGUCGCCGGCUUUCUGGCUAUCCACACAGAUGAGGAGAAGCUUGGCUAUGCUUAUAGCCACGAGCUUUUCAACUUCCUGCAGCUGGGCGUCUUAGUUCCCACGGAGGACUUCGAGGGUACCUGUCAGGCAUACUUUGGCACUUGGACCUUUGAAGAGGCCUAUCGGCGAACCGGGCGGCCAGUGACCAUUGUGAUCUCCUCAAACUUCUCCAGAAAGCUGCCAGCUUGUGUGAUGCUGAACCACAUGACCGUGCCACGGGUCACCGUCGCCUCCGCUGUGGCCGCCUCUUGUGCAGCCAUUGGCGUAAUGCGGCCCAGGGGCUUGGUGGUGAAGGAUCCUCUCACUGGCACCUUAGCUCCCUUCAACGUUUUGGGCGAGUCCUUCGCCGACGGCUCCUUUACGGCAGAGGUGCCCAAGGAUUAUUUACGCUCCUGCUUCGGUGCAACGCGCUUCCUGGUGUCGCAGGUGAAUCCACACGUGUCUUCCUUCAUGGAUGCCAAGGGAGGUGUGUUGCAUAGCCUUCGAGGGCAUUUUGGCUUUGAUCUUCAGCAGCGCGCGCGAAUGCUCUCCGAGUACAAUCUUCUGCCGUCCUUCUUUGGCCGGGCAAUGUGCCAGGCUACAAAGCAUUUGUCACAAGACUUCCAGGAGAACAAGUCAGGCCUCACUGUGCACCCACCACACGUGGGUUUGGCCUCAGUCAAGGCAGCCAUCUCAAAUCCCUCCCUGCGCGACAUGGAACGCUACAUCCUGCAGGGUCAGCGAAUGGCAUGGGAGAAGGCACAUGAGAUCCGCAUCAUGAUGCUGCUGGAGGCGAGGGCUGUUCAUAACAGAAUAUGA